GGGUGCCCUUCCUUAUACUUUUCUUCCCCAUUUCAACCCAACCGAGGAAGCCUCGGCCGGAAUUCAGUAACAGCACAGGAACAGGGAAGGCACAGAAGGCAGCAAUACCAGUGCAGCAUAUUAAAGAACUGGAACGUACUUUGGCAGUACUAUGUCCGGAGCCAUAGGUAUCUCACGGCUUGCUGGACUGCGACCUUUGUCCUUGUCCUAUAGCGGAGCCAAGAAUACUAUCAAUCAGCAGUCCUCUCACCGUGGCCUGCUGUCAGUCGGCAUUAAUCAGCAUGUCAACCCCGCCAGGGCCUUUGGUAAGAAUGUCGGUCGCACCAGCUCUCGGACUCUUUCGACCUCGACUGUCGCCUUCAAAAGGUAUCCAGUCUCAGCGGAGAAGGAAAAGCGACGAAAGAGGCUUCCCAAAGGUUCUAAGGCAUCUUUGCACGAUCACGAUCACGCCUCACCAAUUCUAUCUGGAUCCUCAUCAGCAGAACGGCCUGCGUAUGUCAAAGCACCUUCCGUAUCAGCAAAGGAGAUGGUAUGGGCGAUCGAAUCCAGCCUUAAAGGAGGCGAGCAGAAAUCAGCCUUGGCGUCUGGAUCUUCCUCUGCUCUUUCCUCAUCCACCUCAGUUCUGGGCCUCGACCCAUUCGGAAAGGCCGCUGAUCCUUUCGCCAAUCAACUGGAGGCAGCCAUAGUGGCCAGUCGGAGAAGCACCAAUCCUCCUCGUAACUCGAUCGUUCUCCCGGAUGUUCAGGCGCAGUACUUGGUUGGGCGGGCAAAAUGGGAAUCUGUCAAAGCUAAGGAUAUUGAUAUUAGAAAUGUCACACCAAAAGACAGGCCCAAAAUUGCAUCGUUGGAGCAUGGUUUGGAUCGAGUCUUGUUCAAUCCUGGAGUUCAUUGGCUACAAGAUCCUCGGUCAUCAGUGUUCAACUUUGAUCCCUAUCUCCGAUCUAUUUGCCAGCCCAGCGAUUUCGACUACGACGCCUUGCCAGCCUAUAGAACAUCAUCCUUGGACCCGGCACUAUUCAAUGUUGCUCUGGCCAACCGUGGAAAAUACAUAGGUUCCACCUCAUCCAUGACGACGAUCCUCUCGCAAUAUUACUACCUGAUCUCUGGAUGGAAACCACUCAAAACAGGUCACCUGUCGGAAGCCUUUUCAUCGCAGCCUAGGGGGUUCACAAGAUUGAGCAAAGCGCCCGCAAGUAUUCAGUUGGUCUACAAAGGAAAUGGGAUCUAUGCGGUCGACGCGGACAAAACUUUCGACUCCUCCACAAUUCUGAUGCAACUUGGCAAAUCCAUGGAAAAGAUGCUCACGAGCACACCAGAAGAGUUCUCCAGGUACACAAAGGAAAACUCAUGGCAGGUUACAAAGGGAGAGAGAGAAACGCCAGAGGCUUUCAACUACAUUGCCGUGGACAAGUUUUUGCUUCGUUCCCAGCUGGACUGCGAGGAUCCUCGGCUGCCCGGCAAGACAUUCGAUCUUAAGACCCGUGCUGCUGUAGCCAUUCGAUUGGAUGUUCAUAACUAUGAGCUCAAUCAAGGAUACCAGCUGCGCAAGGCCCACGGCUAUCUCGAGAGCUUUGAGCGCGAAUACUACGACAUGAUGCGUUCGGCGUUUUUGAAGUACAGUCUGCAAGUGCGCAUCGGACAGAUGGACGGAAUUUUCGUCGCCUUCCACAAUACCGCGAGAAUCUUUGGAUUCCAGUAUAUUUCACUAGAUGAGAUGGACUCUAGACUCUUUGGAAGCAGUGUGAUGGGCGACGAGUGCUUCAAGAAUCAGCUGCGGCUUUUGAACAGAACAUUGGACGAAAUCACGGCCAAGUAUCCGGAGCAGGAUCUCAAAAUCACAGUCGAUACGGACGAGACGGUGCAGAGCAUGAAUGUCUGGGUCGAAACCAUGCCCCUGGGAGCUGCUACCUCGCCGCGGGGUCGCGAUGUCGAGGUUGUCUUUGACGGGAAUGGUGCUCCUGAGAUGCAGCCAGGUUCUGAGCUGAGUCUUUGGCAGAUUGUUUGCUACUCGAACAUCAACGACGAGCCGACCGUUGGUCCAUUUGAUUUGAAUGAAAGGGCAACCGACGCCUGGGAAUUACGAUAUAAGAUCGCGGAGCUGCAGAAGCCUCACAUGUUGAACGAGUACCGUCGUAUCAUGGCUAUCCAGGCCGAGAUUCUUAAGGACGACGAAGAGAAGGAGGCAGCUAUUGCAGCUGCAGCUGCAGCUGCAUCGGCGGACAAGGAGGAAGAGGUGUCGCUUAGCAAACGCGGGGCCCGAACUCAAUCUCGACGUGACGCUAUGAGGAAUACCUUGCGUCGCAUCAGCGAACAGGGACGAAUCAAGCAGGAAGACGAAGAACGGAGGCAGGCGGACAAGGAAUAUUUGGUGUGGGAACCAAAAGGUUACACCAAAAUCAUCGACAAGCCUGCUAUGGAAUCGAGUGCGCCGGAAUCAAGCGUGGUAGCAUCAAGCGUUACUGCACCAGUGGCCGCGGAGUCGGAGACUAUAGCCGCCAAAAUGGUGCGCAGGUUGAGAGAGUCUGUUGCUAAGGCAGCCAGUGCAGCUAGCACCAGCAUCGAUUCCCCAGUGGCCGAUAAAGAGUCUGCAUCAACUCCUGCCAAGCUGAAAGUGGGAGGUCGAGCCGUCGAGCAUACUCCCGCUAUGUACUACCGACAAUAUGAUGGCAAAAUAGUGAAGUUGGUUGCGGACGACCUGGCGCUCAUUCAAAAGUCUUGCACUGGCUUGCUAGAGGCGCCGGAGGAGCUCGAACGGAUGAAACAUAUCAAGAAGAGGCAUGAAUGGUUGAUUACGAGCUUGAAUCCAUUUGACGAGAUUCGGUUCAAGAUGUUGCAGGUACCAACGAGAGCAGUCGACUUUGUAUUCUAUGAUCGACAGCGAUUGGAGCGGAUGUCAAGGUUGAUGGGCCAACCUGAGAGUCUUUUGGCUGACACGGAUAAGGACUCUGUCCUACGUCAAAAACUCUUCGAUGCGGUUCCAUUGUUCCGUAACAAGUUGCUUUUGGAUUACUUUCACAACUGGAUCCACAAGGUUGUGACCCUGGAUAAAGAUGCAAGGCCGUUCAAGAAGCUGGAAGACUUUUUGAGCGUGGACGAUGAGGAGGCGUUAUUACGUGCUGCUAACGGCAUCAGUAUUACAGAGAGGAUGGUUCAGAAGCAGGCGUUUGUGCAGGGCCUCCAACCGAAGGACGCGAUGAAGAAAGCGAUCCUCGUACAGAUCUUCUACUCGGAGCAGGCCUUCAAGGACGAAGAGCUUCAGGCGAUGGGAUAUUUCCCAAGGAUUUUUGACCAUGCUGUGUACCAGAACACCCUGGAUAUCCUCAAGGGAGUUGGCACAAAAGGAAUCCGAACUACCACCACGAGCACAAAGACGGACCCAGCACCGUCUUCGGCUUAAAGACGCCUUUUGACUUCAAGCCAUCCAUUUUGAUCAUUUCUCAAUUAUCACUUGUACAUGUAGUUUUCAUAGACCUAUCAUUCUUAUCUAUUCACUAAACG